UCUUCGCACUGUAUGCGUGGCAUGGAUGAGCCUCUGGUGUAAUCUCAGCACGAAACUGCUAGUGGGAAAAUCAGCAAAUCGCUAAAACUAUUACAGUGUGUCCAUAAAAAUGCCAAAAACAAGCCUCAGAUGCUGAAAAACAAUACACAUAUUAGAUCCCUUAUUUCAGCGGUGAUUUCAUUCUGCUUCUUUUCUGUGCCACUGCUGCUUUAGAUCUUCAUCCACAAUAAAUCCUUUCCAUCUGUGCCCCGAGUUUGUCCGUUUUAUCCUCACAGCUCUGUCUGGGCUUGAAGGGUGAGAGCUUCUUUCAGUAAAAGGGAAGCUUUUGAUCAUUUUCCAUACUUCGUCUACUUAUCAAUGGCAGGUUGAGAUUUAUUUUGCGAUUUCAAGCUCUUGAUUUUCUUUCUUUGUUCGCUUUGGGAAAUGGGUAGCUCGGGAGAGUCCAACUCCAACACCAACGAAAUCGAUGCGUCGGUCGGUGGUUUGGUUUGGGUCCGUCGCCGCAAUGGUUCCUGGUGGCCUGGCAGGAUAAUGGGCCUCGAUGAAUUGUCUGAGAGUUGUUUGGUUUCGCCGAGAUCGGGCACUCCAGUUAAGCUGUUAGGUCGCGAGGACGCAAGCGUGGAUUGGUAUAAUCUUGAAAAGUCAAAGCGGGUAAAACCUUUCCGUUGCGGAGAGUAUAAUGAAUGCAUUGAAAGAGCAAAGGCAUCUGCAGCCAAUGCAAACAAGAAGGCAGUGAAGUAUGCUCGCAGAGAAGAUGCAAUCCUCCAUGCCCUUGAACUUGAGGGUGCUCGCCUGGGCAAGGAACCAUUAAAUUUCUCCAGAGAAGAUAAAUCAGCCAGUGAACAUGGUGUUGUAACUGGAGAAUCACCAGUCGUGUCCAAUUCUGGUGAUGAUAAUGAUGAUAUUACUGAUGAUCUCAGUGACUCUGAAGACAAUUCUAAUUCAGCUCCAGAAUUAUCUCAAUCUGGUAUAUCUUUUGAAGAGCCGAAUCACAAUGGUUCUUCCAAGGUGCAAUCUGUUCAUGGUAGGAGAAGAAGAACCCCUAAUGACUCAGAAGAUGAUGGGACUGAAGGAGUCAAGAGAAUGAGAGGACUUGAGGACCUGGGCAUUGGUGUGGUGUCAAAAAGGAAGGCCCAGGCUGCAGGAACAACUGAUGUAGUUCAACAGGAAACUGCUUCCCCAAGCAAUUCAAACACCAGAAGUUGCAUGGCAAAUGGUACUUCUGUAAAUGGUAGUAGGGUUAGUCCAUCACUGAAAAGAAAGAGAUCACAAGUGGCAAAUGUUCAUGAAUUCUUGAAAAGGAAAAACCGACGCAGGCCAUUAACAAAGGUUUUGGAGAGUACAGCCAUGGUAUCAGUUCCUGUCAUCUGUGAUCAGCUUCCGAAUCCAACCAGUUCUCCACUUUGUGGGAUAUCUGAUGGAAAAAUUUCUGGAUUGGAUUCCAAUGGGUCAAAGAAAGGUAUUCCACCGGCUAUUCACAAUUCUGAUGGUAGUGGAGUAGCAUGUGAUAAUGGAACUGCAUUAAAUGUUCAUGAACAUGGUUGUGAUGCUUCUGAAAUUAGUCACAGGGUGAAGGAGAAUGAGACUUCUGGCAUGUCAGGGUUGGUUGGGGAUGCUUCCUCGGAUAAGUUAUUUGAUGUACCAUUUGUUGGAGAUUUGGGAGAGGAGAAGCACACUCCAGGCUUUUCACCUGUUAUUGUUUCUUGUUCAUCUGAAAAGCCUCAAGAUGGUGCACUGGGAGAAUCUUGUCAUGGUGGUCGAUUAGAAGCCUUGUCGUCAGCUAACGAGGGCCAAAAUGAUUCUGGUUGUAUGACUCUGGCUGCUGGUCAUAUGACUCUAGCUGCUGGUCAUAAUAACAUUGGCCAUAGUGAUGAGAAAGGUAGUUCAAAGUGGCAGUCAAAAGGAAAGAGGAACUCCAGAAAUACAAAUAAAAAUAGGAAACAGGUCUCAAGAAAUUAUGCGGAUGUGGAUGGUGAAUUCAAUGCAUAUUCAGCAGGCAUGGAAAACCCAGAUGAAUUCUCUCAAGGUGCUGGACAGAAAGUUGAUUGGAAUACCACAGGAGCACCGACAUCCUCAUUCCUUUGUUCAUCUCAGACCAAUUGCAAAUCGGUUACUGAAGGCCAACUAGAUGGGUUCCGGGGCUUGAGCAAGCAUGUCAGGGGUGCAACAGAGGCAAAGCUAUUGCCUGAUGGAUCUCUAACACCUCAGAGAUUGCUUCCUUAUCGCCAGUCGAGGUUUACUGUUAACUCCAGAUAUCAGAUGGCUGAUUUUCCUGGAAGAAAUCAUUGUUCCGAUGCUUCGUUAUACGAUGUUAAGAUAGAAGUUAAAGCCAGCUACCGGCCACAACAUGUCCCUUUGGUUUCUCUCAUGAGUAAAUUGAAUGGCAAAGCAAUUGUUGGUCAUCCUCUUACAGUUGAGCCCUUGAAUGAUGGACAUUGUAAUGAAAUGUUGAGCAGCAUCGGAGGUGACUGGACUAACGGUGGCAAUUAUCAUGCAUUUAAACCAAACUCAUCCAGUGGAAGACUUCCCAGCAAGAAUUUGCCGCGUGUUUCAUCAAGUAAAUCUUCCAGAACGAAGAAGUCUGGGCUGUUGAAUAAAAAGAUCCGGAAACUGUCAUCACUUACGGGUCACAGGCAAUCAGAAGAGGACAGAAAACCAGUGGUAGAUAAGUUCAAAGGUCCUGUCAUAGCUUGUAUCCCCUUAAAAGUAGUAUUUAGUAGGAUAAACGAGGCAGUGAAUGGUCUGGCUCGGCCAACCCACCGUGUAUUGCCGGCAACAAACCCUUGACCUGGCAAUGAUGGGAAGAAGUUACAGUGAAUGGGUUUUAUGGAGAUUUGGUUCUUUAAUAAUAAUCUCGAGGGAAUUUGAUAUAGUUCAGUUUGCAACACAACAUAUUCUACCAUGAAGGUGGAAUCUUAUGUACAAUUUCAAGACAUUCCUGAGUAGGGUAGGAGUUUUAUCCUUGGCUUCUCUUGGUUUUGUAAAUAAUGUAAAAUUAGGGGAGGUUGUAAAGAUGAUCUAGUAUUAGGUAUUGGUGACCUGAUAUUAGGUUCUUGAAAAGAGUUAUGAAUUCAGGUUGAUUUAGAGGUUCAAUAAUAGUUUGUCAUAUUGUAUUAGAGUCCAGGACGUGAUACUCCAUUUCAAACCUCUAUGAAAUUGAAAUCACAGCUGAAAAGAAUACAAACAUGUGAGAAUAUUUGUUUCCGUUGUCA